CAGCAUGUUCCGUUAGAUAGCCGGGUGUGUGUGAGCAGUUCGGCUCAGUCUCUCCGUUGUUACUGGACAGUGAUCAUCACCACCACCAUCAUCAUCAUGUCUCCUGACCCGUGCUCCUUCUCCUCCGUCACCAGGUGCGUCACCAAACACCUGAACCUGUCCCUGCACCUGGACUUCGACAGGCACGUAAUCCGGGCCAAGGUGGCGCUCACCGUGGAGGCUCUGGAGGACCGAUUCUCUGCUCUGACUUUGGACACCAGAGACCUUCAGAUCGUCUCAGUGAGCGCCAACGGACAGGCGGCCUCAUUUACUCUGGGCCCUAAACACAGCUUCAAGGGGACGCCGCUGGACAUCACACUGCCCUUUGACCUGUCCAGGGGGCAGCAUGUGAUCGUGGAGGUGACCUAUGAGACGUCGCCAUCUGCGACAGCUCUGCAGUGGCUCACACCUGCACAGACUGCUGGGAAAAAACAUCCAUACCUGUUCAGCCAGUGUCAGGCUCAUCACUGCAGGAGUAUGGUUCCCUGUCAGGACACACCAUCUGUCAAACACACCUACUACGCUCAGGUUUCUGUCCCCAAAGACCUGGUGGCUGUGAUGAGCGCAGUGAGAGACGGACAGGAAGUUGAUCCUCAGGACAACAACCGCAUUGUCUACAGGUUCAGACAGCCGGUGCCCAUGCCUUCUUACCUGAUCGCCAUCGUGGUCGGAGCUCUGGAGAGCAGGGAGAUUGGACCGAGGUCCAGAGUUUGGUCUGAGAAAGAGUUUGUGGACAAAGCAGCGUUUGAGUUCUCAGAGACAGAGACCAUGUUGAAGACAGCUGAAGACCUGGCAGGGCCAUACGUCUGGGGUCAGUAUGACAUCCUGGUUCUUCCUCCGUCGUUCCCCUAUGGAGGCAUGGAGAAUCCCUGUCUGACCUUCGCCACCCCGACCCUGCUGGCAGGAGACAAGUCUCUGUCCAACGUGAUUGCUCAUGAGAUCUCCCACAGCUGGACUGGCAACCUGGUGACCAACAAGACCUGGGAGCACUUCUGGCUGAACGAAGGUCACACGGUGUACCUGGAGAGGAUGAUCGGCAGGUGUAUGGACAGUGAACAGUUCAGACAGUUUAAAGCCAUGGGGGGCUGGAAGGACCUGCAGGACUCGGUGAACACUUUUGGAGCCAACAACCCUCUGACCAACCUGGUUCCCAGCCUGCAGGACGUCGACCCCGACGACGCCUUCUCCUCUGUGCCCUACGAGAAAGGCUUUGCUCUGCUGUACCACCUGGAGGAGCUGAUGGGAGGGCCAGAGGUGUUCAUGGGAUUCGUGAAGUCGUACAUCCAGCUGUUUGCCUACAGCAGCGUCACCACGGAAGAGUGGAAGAACUACCUGUACACCUACUUCAAAGACAAGGUGGACAUCUUGAACAAGGUGGACUGGAACGCAUGGAUGUUCACUCCUGGGAUGCCUCCAGUCAAACCUCAGUACGACACCACGCUGGCCGACGCCUGCAUCUCUCUGAGCCAGAAGUGGAUCAAGGCCAAAGACCAGGAUCUGAGCAGCUUUAAGGAGUCGGAUUUGAAGACGCUGUCGUCCCACCAGCUCAUCGAGUUCCUGUCCCUCCUGCUUCAGGAGGAUCCUCUUCCUCUGACUCACGUGAAGAAGAUGCAGGAGGUUUACGAUCUCAACACCUGCAUGAACUCUGAGAUCCGCUUCAGGUGGCUAAGGUUGUGUGUUCGAUCCAAAUGGGAGGAAGCUGUUCCCAUGGCAAUGAAGAUGGCGACAGAGCAGGGCAGGAUGAAGUUCACAAGACCGCUCUUCAGGGAGGUCUUUAACUUCGAGAAGUAUCGUGAUGAAGCCAUUCAAGUGUUUCUGGCCAACAGAGCAGCGAUGCACCCGGUCACCUCCGGACUGGUCGCCAAAGACCUGAAGGUGGACGCCACCAACACCACCAGUCUGUAACACCAGAAACCAGUGUGUAAAAAGAAACCAGUAUUAAAGCAGCUGACAGGAAGUUUGAUUUGUGUAGAUUUUGGCGUUCCUGUGGCUCCACCCCCUGGAUACAACUUAUUUCUGAUUUCCAAGUGAUGAUGUCAUCAUCAGAACUUUGUGUCAGGAUGUUUCAGAACCAGCUUUAAACUCGACAGUAUAAAUCACCUGUUCAUCAAGACUUUGUUUGGUUCAGUUUUUCCUCUCGACACUUUUCUUUCUGUAAAUGAAGAAGAAAUAAAAUGUGUCUGAAUUAAA